CAGAUUUACACCUCGUUCACAUUGACCUCUAGAGCUUUCAAAUCUUUCUCGGGAAAAUCCUUGCACUUUCUCGACAGCCAAACACCGAAGAAAACCCUAGAUGUCGACCUCCGGGCAGCCCCAGUUCCGGUACACCCAGACCCCAUCAAAGGUCCUCCAUCUCCGCAAUCUCCCAUGGGAGUGCACUGAGGAGGAGCUCAUCGAGCUCUGUAAACCCUUCGGCAAGAUCGUCAACACCAAGUGCAACGUCGGCGCUAAUCGCAACCAGGCCUUCGUCGAAUUCGGUGAUUUAAAUCAAGCAAUUUCAAUGGUUUCAUAUUACGCAUCAUCUUCAGAGCCUGCACAAGUUCGUGGUAAAACUGUGUAUAUUCAAUAUUCAAAUAGACAUGAAAUUGUCAACAACAAAAGUCCCGGUGAUGUUCCCGGAAAUGUCUUAUUGGUAACCAUUGAGGGUGUAGAGGCUGGCGACGUUAGCAUUGACGUUAUUCACUUGGUAUUUUCUGCAUUUGGCUUUGUGCAUAAAAUUGCUACUUUUGAGAAGGCUGCAGGUUUCCAGGCAUUAAUCCAGUUCUCUGAUGCUGAGACUGCAUCUGCAGCAAGGAAUGCAUUAAAUGAAAGAAGCAUACCCAGGUAUCUGCUUCCAGAGCAUGUUAAUUCAUGUCACUUGCGUAUUUCAUAUUCUGCACACACUGAUCUGAACAUCAAGUUCCAGUCUCACAGAAGCAGGGACUAUACAAAUCCAUACCUUCCUGUGAAUCCUACUGCAAUUGAGGGAAUUGUGCAGCCUGCUGUAGGGCCUGAUGGAAAAAAGAAAGAACUCGAGAGCAAUGUGCUUCUUGCUUCAAUUGAGAACAUGCAGUAUGCUGUCACUGUGGAUGUUCUUCACACGGUAUUCUCUGCAUUUGGUACCGUUCAGAAAAUUGCUAUAUUUGAGAAGAAUGGUCAAACUCAGGCACUCGUCCAAUAUCCCGAUGUUAAUACUGCAGCAGUUGCCAGAGAAGCUUUAGAAGGACAUUGCAUAUAUGAUGGUGGCUAUUGUAAGCUUCAUCUAUCAUACUCUCGUCAUACUGAUCUCAAUGUAAAGGCUUACAGUGAUAAAAGUAGAGAUUAUACAAUCCCAGAUAUAAGUUUGCUUGCAGCACAACAAGCGUCAGCGCUCCCUGCUGCUCAACCAGUUUGGCAAAAUCCUCAGGCUGGUCCAAUGUAUCCUGGGAAUGAUUUUACAGCUCCAGGUGCUGGUCCUGCUCAGUAUCCCGGUGGACAGGUAUCACCAUGGGAUCCUAGCAUGCAAGCGGGCAGACCUCCAUUUGUCUCGGCUCCUAGCACUUAUCCUGGUCAAAGUUAUGCAGCAUCCUCAGUUUCUUCAUAUGCCUCUGCACCAAUGCCAUCUAGUUCUUCCCCUCAUACACCAACCAGCCAAAUUCCUUCUCCUGGGGCAUCCAUGGGAUUAUCUCCUGGGGUUCAAGCCAAUUUGCGACCUGGUGGCGUUUCAUCUCCCAGUCAUCUUCAACAAGGGGUUUCUCCAAAUGUGCGACCUGGUGGUGCUUCACCUCCUGGUCAGCCUGCAUAUUAUGGCCAAUAGGUUGUAUCUUCUCUUCUUUGUCUGAAUGCAAUUUAUUAGCAUCACCCUCUCUCAUAAUACACGAACGCAUUGUCUACCCUACUCUGAAAGAAACCUGUAACUUAAAAUUUUUCUGUGUGACAUACUUCAACAAGUUCUAAUCUUUUAAUUUCAGCCGCAUUUGGGGUUUUGGGUGACUAUUUUGUCUUGUACCCUUACCUUUUUGAAUUUUGAUUUUUUGUGUUUUAUAUAUAGUGCUUAGAUGUAA